CCGCCAUAUACAUAAUAUCAUACGAAUGCGAAUCGUUGCUUACGCCCUUUCUUAAACCCUCUUUUAGAAUCAAUCACUGCAGAUUGUGCCUUUUGCUUCGAGCAUCGAUUCUCUCUCUCGCACACAAUACUCGUGAAUUUUGUUUUAGGGUUUUGUUGGCGUACAAUUCAAGUUUAAUAACUUCCGAUUUCAGUAAUUCUCCGAACAAUCGAAAGAUGUCCUCUGGACGCUCUCGUGGUCGAGGCAAUCAGUUUCCUGCUGGUAAAUCAGCCGGUAGGUGGAAACAAACGAAUGCUGGUCCUCCAUUUGAGUGGAAACCGAAGACAAAGGUUGCAUUAGAUGAAUCUUGUGUUGGUGCUUCCAGUUGUCAGAAGGAUGAUUCUUCACUUAGUGCCGAAUAUACUUCAGAGAAAAUGUGUAAUUCAGUUCCUAAACCAGAUUUAACUCCUCAAUUACAAGAGGAAUCUUCAUCCCAUCCUGUCAAAAAUCCAUCUUCUGGUAUAGAGUCAGAGAACGUCAAGCCAAUCCCAGAUUCAAGUCAGAAAGCAGAUAAUGUUUCAACAGAACCAAAAUCUGUAUCCACCUUUGAUUCUAAUUCAAAGAAUUCAAAUCAUACGUAUCCAAUCCCAUUAAAAAGCCAGAAAGGAAUGGAAUCACAGGAUGGAAUUGCUGAGAAGGGAAAGCAAACUGGGGAUAAAGGUGGAAAACCAGAGGAUACUAUUACUAACCAUGUUUCUUCUAUAACACGAUUUGACAUCUGUCCAAAGAAGGUUAAAACUGGAGCUGUAAAGCUAAAACCUUCACUACAUUCAACAAACAAAGAAAAAAGAAAUCAAUCUAAACGCGAAGCAGAAGGGCCAAAAAUCAACAUAUUGAGGUCUGGAAUGGUACUCUUGAAAGGCUAUAUUUCUUCCGAUGAUCAGGUGAACAUAGUAAAAACUUGCAGGGACUUAGGUAUAAGAGAAGGAGGUUUUUAUCAACCUGGGUAUCAAGAUGGAGCAAAACUGCAUUUAAAAAUGAUGUGUCUUGGUAGGAAUUGGGAUCCUCAGAGUAGUGGAUACAUUGAUACAAGACCAAUUGAUAAUUCAAAGCCUCCAGAAAUUCCUGAAUUUUUUCAUGAUAUGGUGAAAAGAGCAUUACAAGAUUCAAAUGCUCAUAUUCAAAAAAACAAAGGAAAAAUCAUUCCUUUCAUGUUACCUGAUAUCUGCAUUGUCAAUUUCUACACAAAAACCGGAAAGCUUGGUCUUCAUCAGGACAAAGAUGAAAGCAGAGAGAGUUUGAAUGAAGGGUUACCUGUUGUGUCAUUUUCAGUAGGGGAAACUGCAGAGUUUUUAUAUGGAAAUGAUAGGGAUGUUGAGAAAGCAGAAAGGGUAAAUUUGGAAUCUGGAGAUGUUUUGAUAUUUGGAGGGGAAUCAAGACAUGUAUUUCAUGGCGUCCCUUGUAUUUUUCCUGAUACUGCUCCUAAAUCGCUUCUUGAAGCAACAAAUAUGCUCCCAGGUCGAUUGAAUCUUACUUUUAGAAAGUAUUAAAAUCUUUAAUCUGGAUGUGUUUUGUUACAAUGUUUGUUUUUGGUGAAUAUGGUAAUGAAUGAAUGGAUUUUGGAUUGUUUAGAGGUUAGUUUUUGUUAAUUUUGUUAAACUAACGGGUGUUUGAUAUGCCUCUUACUGGCUUUAAUAAGAAGUUGCGUAUGACUCGAUUCAGAUUCA